UUUCUUUAAGUGAACAUUAUUAUUGCCUUCAUGGAUCAUACAUGUUUUCAUUUCUUCUAAUUUCAGAUCAUUUUUGAAAAGAAAAAAAAAAAGAAUGGGUCUGAAACUCAUAUGGGUACCCUCCAUUUUGAUCAUCUCGUUGUUCCUAAGUGUUAAUUCAGAGGAACAAGUGGUGAAGCAAGCUUUGGUGAAGUUCAUGGAAAAGCUUGCACCAAAUAAUGCACAACGAGAUUCCAAGAAUUGGGGUUGGAACCUCACAUCAGAUCCAUGCACUGAUCAUUGGCACGGUGUGAUUUGUCAUUCGGACAACAAAACCGUGAUGAGCAUAGUUCUUGAACAUUUAAAUCUGAAAGGUGUUCUAGAUGCUACUUCUCUUUCCACUGCGAAGUCUCUUAUGCUCCUUAGCCUAAAAAACAAUGCUCUACAUGAUUCUGUUUCGGAGGACAUAGGGAACUUGAAGUCCCUAACUCAUCUCUAUCUAAAUGGUAACCGAUUCUCCGGAAAGCUUCCGAUCUCUAUUGGGAAAAUAACCAGCUUGAUGAGGCUUCAUGUUUCCGAUAACAACUUCUCCGGAGAGAUACCUGAAAUGUCUCGUCUUUCGCAGCUGGUAUCUUUUCUUGCAGACAACAAUAACUUCACCGGAAGAGUUCCUCAUUUCGACUUCUCAAAACUUCAGUUGUUUAAUGUCUCAAACAACAAGUUAUAUGGUCCUAUUCCUGAUGUUAGAGGAAAAUUCUUUCAAGAUAGCUUUUAUGGUAAUCCUGGUUUGUGUGGAAAACCACUUGCUAAUGCAUGUCCACCUGCACCAGCACCUGCACCUGCAGCUCCUCUUCCUCUUCCUCUUCCUCGGCCACCUCCGAAUUCAUCGCACGAUGGUUUUAAGCUUUAUUUAGGAUACAUAGUUCUUUGUUUCAUGGUGUUGGCUUACAUUGUCCUGAAAUUGGUUCGAAAAUUCAAGACAAAAGACAGAGCAUUGGAUGAAAUGCAAAAGACAGAGAAGGACAAGCCUAAUAGUGAAGCUUAUUACAAUUCAAGUGGAUCAAAGAGUGGAAUAAUAACUGGAAUGAGAUCAGAGAGUUCAUUUUCAUCUUUGGAAAGCGGCAUGGCUUCAGCUUCCGGUCUUGUGGUUCUUUCGAGCGCAGAGUAUAAGGCGCUGCGAUUCGAGGACUUGCUUGGUGCUCCGGCGGAGUUGGUUAGGAGAGGGAAGAAUGGAAGCCUGUACAAGGUGAUGAUGGAGAAUGGGAUGGUUUUGGCAGUGAAAAGAGUCAAGGAUUGUGGGAUUUCAAAGCAACAUUUUCAGACAAGGAUGGAGAUCAUAGCAAAAGUGAAGCAUCCAAGAGUGCUUCCACCUCUUGCAUAUUAUUGCUCUCAUCAAGAGAAGCUCCUUGUCUAUGAAUACAUGCACAAUGGAAGUCUCUUCAUGUUGCUUUAUGGAUCCCAAAGUGGCGGGCACCACUCUUUUGGUUGGCGGAGUAGACUAAAAGUGGCGGUCGACGUAGCCGGGGCACUAGCACACAUGCAUGAGAAUCUGAGAGAGAGUGAAGUAGCAUCACACGGCAACUUGAAAUCAAGCAACAUCUUAUUUGACAACAACAUUGAUCCAUUCAUAAGCGAAUACGGCCUAUUUGUGACCGAAAAUAAUAACCAACACUACUACUACGGUGUCAAAGGUGAUAUCUACGCCUUCGGUGUGAUACUCCUUGAGAUGCUAACCGGGAAAGUGGUUAAGAAUAGUGAUGGGUUUGGUGAUUUGGCGAAAUGGGUGAACUCGGUGGUGAGAGAGGAAUGGACAGUUGAAGUUUUUGACAAGUCACUAAUCAGAGAAGGUGCAUCUGAAGAGAGGAUGAUGAGCUUGUUGCAGGUAGCGUUGAAUUGCACCAGUGCUUCCCCAAAUGAUAGGCCAAGUAUGAAUCAAGUUGCAAUGGUUAUAAGAUCCCUCAAGGAGGAUGAAGAAAAAUCAGUGUCCUUCUGACUCACAAGCAAGCUUUAAUUUGAUUCAUGUGGAGACUCUACGUAGUAACUAUAGGGUUCUAUUUUGAGAAAGAAAUAAGGAAAGUCAGAAAGGAUCUAUUUUGUUACAUAUUGAUGAUAAGUACCAAUUUUUUGUAAUGGAAUUUAAUCAGCGUCUGAUUCCGAUGAGAAACCAAAAGUAAGAGCUGAUUUCCGUGGGAAAACGAAAAGCACUAAUGUCAAAUAAAUCUAUUUCAGUGAUUGUGGCUGGA